UGGCAAGCUGGCUGCUUGCUGCUUGCUGCUGUCUCUAUCACUCUCAUCAGCUAAAAGCGCACCGGGAAGGGGGAAAAAUAAAGUUGCUUGGGUUAUCUGAAGAAAAAACUAUGCGGUCCGGACUUCUAUCGCUGACCCUCCUGGGGACGGCGGCGAGAGGAUGCUUUCUCCGUGGAGCUUCUCCUACUCACGCUGGUGAUGUUACCGACUCCGUCCGAGACCUGAUCCUCGCAGACAAGGACGCUUCGAUCUCGCGCUCGGUGCGGGAGAGGCGAAUCCACGGAAAGAGGAUGCUGGUCACGGCGUGCACCGGCGAGCCCAACUUCGACCAGUGCCAAAGCGACGGCGGCUCGGCCCUGAAGCUGGAGAAGUGCCUCCGAUUCCGGCAGGGAGUUAUCUCCAAGGACUGCUCUGAUGGGUUGCAAAGCUGGAAGGCCUUGCUUGCCGCGACAGCGGGGGAAUUCGCAGCCCAGAACAAGAGGGGCGCUUCGCACACGAAUCACAAGAAGUCGAGCCCGUUUCAGAGGCCCGCGGCCAAUAGGUACAACGGCGCUCAGCAGGUGAAGAAGAUCUCCGGAGACGGCUCCGCGGGCGGCGGCCACAAGAAGUCAGCGACAGGCUUCAACAAGCGCGCGGUGCAGCGGCACGCCGAGGCGGCGAUGGACCGGCAGGCGAGGCAGAGUAUGCCCAGCGCCGACAUCCGGCGCGCCCGGCAGACGGGAGACCACCACCCCCCUGCCGCCGCCCCCCUGCUCUCCCCCCUGCCGCCCCGCGGAGAGAUUGAAUACUUUGGGGAGGACGCGGUGAUAUGGGUCAAUGAAAAAGACCAAGUGCCCUUCAUGGAGAAGCUGAUGGCGGACUUUGUGAACGGCAACCGCGGCGGCGGCCGCAGCUCCGAGGGAGGGCACCCCGGGCACCCCGACCACCACCACAACCCUCACGGGCGUGUAUGGGGAGGCCCUCCCGGCCGGAUGGACACCAGGCGCGGCGACAUGGGACACCACGGCGGACCCCGUUUCACCGGCGGCGAGCAGCACCCCGGGCCGAAGCACCACGGCCAGCAACGGCAGGGCCCAAGGCCGUCCAUGUUUUCGGUCCUGGUGGACUGGAUAAUGGGCGAUUCUUCGUCCUCUGACUCGAACGACGAGGAAACCUCCUCCUUCUCCUCCUCGUCUGACUCGUCCUCGGACGACUGGGGUGUCUUGGGCACUGUUGACGGCUACGUUGGCGUCCCCUUUGGCGGAGACGCUGUAUCUGAGCUUCAUUUGGGACAGGCCAUCGCUCGAGAGCCCAUGAUGAUGGCAGAGCGGGACAGUGGGCUCUUCCACGGCCCCUCCCACCCCCCCGGAAUGCCCCCGCCCCCCCACGCCUACGAGCCGCUCCCCGGAACCCCCAUGGAGGGCGGCCCUGACGGGGGGCGCGACCACAUCCGCUCUCGCAACCGCCUCCCCGAGGACCUGGAGACCCGGGGGCGGGCGUGGCUGGAGGAUUCGCUGGACGGCGAGGACAUCGGCCCCGUCGAGGGCAUCCUGGCCUUCUUUUUCUUCAUCGGCACCUGCACGCUCCUGCUGCUGCCGUUCUUCCUGCUGGGCCGCGCGCUAAGGAAGCUGGUGCGGGCCGGCGCCGGUGGCAGCGGCGGUAGCGGCAGCGGCGAUGCCCCGGAUGGGUACCAGGCGCUGCCCGACGAUGCGACGACAGCGGUGGCGGCGGCGGACCGGCGCGGUGAUGACGACGACAACGUUGUGGUUACCGGGACGCCGGUGAACCCGCCCCCGUCCGUCCACCUUUGACGGGAAGAAAAUCGGUUGUUCGUUCUUCUUCUGAUCCUCCGGUGAAAAAUCUGAAUGGGCUGCUGUUAUUUUGCUGACUGGUGGUAUUAGUUUUGCCCGCGGGCGGAACAGCCCUUGGGCGGGGUUCACUUAGCAAUACAGGGACUCGUCGUAUCCGACUACUUGAGACGUGUAAUCUUCAGGGCGGGUGUUUUGCUUUGCCAGAAGGAGAGACGUACGUUCGUACGUGGGUGUUGAACCCCGCAAGGAGCGGUGUAUUGAAACGACGGGCUACAUACGUGUUUGUGUGGCCGGAUCGGGCGGACAAAAAAAGAGCUUGCGCUCGUCAUUCUAGACAAGAAGGAAGUGCUGCUGCCCCUUGUUCGGGAGUUGCUAGCUGCGCGUGGAGAGCCGGGGUAGAUGCAGGGUAGAUGUUAUUGCACAUUGUUCUUGUUUGUGCGCGUGGUUGCUUUUUUAUAUGCAUAGGACGGGGGGCAAGAAGGGGCAAAGGAAAUCCAUUUAGAAGGCGGACAGGAGGAUGCAUUGUUGAAUGUUCCCACGCUUGGUCCAGGUCUAAUGCGAUAUCUGCCGGAGCGAGCCCUCGUCUCGAACCCCCGGUUCUGAUUUUGUAGGAUUUUCGGUCGGCAUACAAGUAUUAGCUAACACACACACCCCUCUGUGUCUGUGCUGUCGGGUGGCCCUGUGCCUCCUUUUUUUUUUUCGUAACCUCGUUUUUCUGUAUGUUGUUUGCUGGAAGGAAGGCACGCACGCGGGUUCACUGCGCUGCUGCUGCUGCUGCUGCUGCAUGCAAGGGCUGUGUGCGCGUGUGAGUGUCCGUUUGCCCAGCAGAAGACUUGGUGUGUGGGGUAUGGUGGGGCUUGUCUGCCUCACCGCAAGUACGUGUUUUUCCUUCCUUGAUGUUGGUGAAUAUAACGUUCGUUAAAUUGUCUUGUUCUUGGCUUAUCUUUUUUUUCCCGGUUGUUGGACGUCGUGGCGUCGCCUUCGGCCGUGUGUUCCCUGUUGCCGCCGUUUUGUCUUUGCCAGGUCAUUUAAAGCAGCAUACGGGUGAGGAGCGGUGAAACCUCGGUUGGCAUACGUAGCGAACAGACAGACGCGUCGACAGACUCGCGCGAGUGUAGUGCAUCUGAUUCGUUUUCGUCAUGAUCGCGUUUCACCUCCGGCAAACCUCACACGAAAGAUUGGGUAUCUUUCGUCGACAGCCGUGAAAAGCUGAUAAGAUGCUCUGAAGGUUACAUCUCUGAGGGUCGUCGUUUCCUGCUCCCCUCCUGAUAUUUUACUUCGUUGUUGCCCUUCUCUCCGCCGGGUUUGUACUACUGCUGUACGUGUUGAAACUAACGGUUACAGCCCGUUGAAAAUCUCCAAUAGGACCAGCAUGGUUGCCCGAAGCAGAAAGGGGUAUGGGUAUGGCGAAGUUGGACCUACCUACCUGUUCGUGUGGCCGGCAGCCGCGCCGGCCGUCGCCCGGAUUGGUUUCAGGCAGCGCUGCAUUACGAAACAGGCAGCAGAGAAAAUCUUGUCCGAAACUUAGGUACUGCAAUGAAAGGUGUAAAAAAAUUCCGUGUGUCCAUGCUUUAUUACUCACCUGAAAGAUUAUGUGUGAUCGCUUGCCGUACUUGAAUCAAAUGUACAUUCAUCAUGCUCACACGCGCGCUGCAUCUGCAUUAGCGCUCUGAUGCGGAAGGGCAGGGGGUGAGUAGAGGAUGCGCUUGGGUGACGACCGCCAAGGACUGGAAAGUACAACAACUGCAGUAGUGUGAGUUGGUGUGAGGUGUUCGUACAUUAAUCGAUUCCGUUUGGCGUUGUUUGCCAGGGUUUGGCGUUGUUUGCUGGAGUUGGCGCGGGCCAAGCCCCCAAUACAAACCCGUUCAUCUGCGAGCCACACGCUUCCAAAAUGUUGCACCUCACACUCAUUGAAGCAUGGAAGGAAAGGAGACACCAGUGCAGAGGUGCCGUCAUCGGGGCAGCAAA